AUGGCACUCACGCCUAGACUAAGAUGCUUGUGGAAAGACAGGACUGGCAUGACUUGCAGGGCGUUUGUAACAGGCUGCCUAAUAACUCCAUUGCAAACUAGGAGCUUCCCAGUACAUCUUCGCUGCGCGCUGCUCAUCGAUAACCACCGCCUUUCCACCAUGAAGCCUCUGCCCUGGCCCGUAGUGCUCCUCUUCCUUGGCCUUAACCAACAAAUAUUUGUUACUGGUACUGGUGACCAGUUCAUCUACUCUGGCUUCGCCGACACCAAUCUGGUUCUCGACGGCGCGGCCAUGGUCACGGCACAUGGCGUGCUGGACCUAACCAAUGGCUCUGCCAGGCUCAAAGGCCACGCGAUCCACCCAGCUCCAUUACGCUUCCACAAGUUCUCCAAUAGCAGCACUCUGCAAUCCUUCUCCGUUUCCUUUGUGUUUGGCAUCAUCUCCCCACACCCAAGCAAUGGCUUCACCUUCUUCAUCUCACCAAGCAAGAACUUCUCAGACGCCCUCCCGAUGCAGUACAUGGGCCUCCUUAGCGAUCAGAACAACGGCAUGGCAACGAAUCACAUCUUUGCGAUUGAGCUCGACACAAUCCAAAACAGUGAGUUCCAGGACAUGAACGACAACCACGUCGGCGUCGACAUCAACAGUCUUCACUCUGUUCAGUCAGACUCCGCUGGCUUCUAUGAUGAUAAGCAUGGUAUGUUUAACAACUUGACCCUUGUUAGUGGUGAUCCUAUGCAAGUUUGGGUGGACUACGACCAAGAGGCCACACAGAUCAAUGUGAUCAUGGCCCCGCUAAACCUUGCCAAACCAGCCAGGGCGCUAAUAUCGACCAAGCACGACCUAUCAACAGUCCUCACAGAAUCAGCAUAUGUUGGAUUCUCAUCAGCAGCAGGCAAGGCCAACGCGAGACAUUAUGUUCUCGGGUGGAGCUUUGCCGUGGAUAGUCCGGCCCCAGCAAUUGAUAUCGCCAGGCUGCCCAAGAUGCCUCGUCUUGGUGGCUCCAAAGAUCUGUCCAAGUUUCUAGAGAUAAUUCUGCCGAUAGCAGCGGCGGCAGCAGGAGCGCUAAUCCUAGUGGUUUUUCUGCUCGUGAGAAGGCAUCUGAGGUAUGCAGAGCUGAGAGAAGAUUGGGAGGUGGAGUUUGGGCCACAUCGCUUCUCAUACAAAGAUUUAUUUCUUGCCACCCAAGGAUUCAAGGACAAGUACCUGUUAGGAAGUGGAGGAUUUGGAAGGGUAUACAAAGGAUUGCUUCCGGUGUCUGCAACGGAAAUAGCCGUGAAGAGAGUGUGGCAUGAUUCGAAUCAGGGGAUGAAGGAAUUCGUAACAGAAGUUGUUAGCAUUGGCCGCCUCCAACACCGCAAUCUUGUGCCCUUAAUAGGCUACUGCCGGCGAAACGGUGAACUCCUUCUAGUGUAUGAAUUCAUGUCAAAUGGAAGCCUUGACAGGUACUUGUUCAGUGAAGAGGGCAAGCCCACCUUGAGCUGGGCUCAAAGGUUUGGGAUAAUCAAAGAUAUCGCAUCAGCCUUAUGCUACCUCCAUGAGGAGUGCGAAAAGGUUGUCAUCCAUCGAGACAUCAAAGCAAGUAACGUGCUCCUCGACGAUGAGAUGAAUGGGCGAUUAGGUGACUUUGGACUGGCAAGACUGUAUGAUCAUGGUGUCGACCCACAGACGACUCACCUGGUUGGCACCAUAGGGUACUUAGCCCCAGAGCUAGCAAGCACAGGGAAGGCAAGCCCUCUCACUGAUGUAUUUUCUUUCGGCGUGUUCAUUCUCGAGGUCACAUGUGGGCAAAGGCCUAUUAGGCCAAACGAAGAAGAGAACCAGAUCAUGUUGGUCGACUGGGUGCUCCAGCAUUGGCAAAAAGGAUCACCUAGUGAUACAGUAGAUGGCAGGCUGCAUGGCAACUAUGUAGAUCAAGAGGCAUGUUUGGUGCUGAAAUUAGGAUUGAUAUGCUCUCACCCAUCCAUGGACGCAAGGCCCAGCAUGCGUCAAGUUAUGCAAUAUCUUAAUGGUGACAUGCCACUCCCGGAGCUAAUGAUACCAGCUCACAUGAGCUUCCGGACUCUGGCCUUGAUGCAGAACGAAGGGUUCGAUCCCUAUGUCAGGUCCUCGUAUCCUUCAUCGAUGGGCCAGCCCACUUACCCGUCAUGGUUAUUUCCCUCUAGAGAAUGAGAUAGAACUAGGAGGUCCCCAACCUGGCCAGGGUCUGCAUUGUCACUUGAUAUGCACACAAAGGACUGUGGGGUUCAUGAACAAAUAAACGACGAGGGCAUGUUUAUGUGCACACAAUGUUGUACUUAGAAAAAUAAGCAUUCACUCUCUCCUAUUAGUAUAAACAAUGUAAGACAAAAGAUGCUACUAUUCUCUGAAGAAGGGGGAGUUCUUUCAUAAGGUUUCUCCAUCCAUUAUAUCUCAGAUUGACUACUACAAUCAUCUGUAUGACUGAACCAAAAUUUAUCACAGUAAUAUGGCGAGAGAUAAUAUGUAAGUCUCUAAUUAGAAUUUUCUUCAUCCACCUGUAUUUUCAAGAUUAUUAGUAAUGAAAUUAGGCCUCAAAGUCAUGCUGUUUUGCGUAGGGAUCCACCCAGGUGAUCCCUCAGGAAUUUUUCUUCCACAUAUCUAAUCAACUGCAAUAUUUGGAAUCAAACAAGCGAGGAACUAACUUCAGUUAAGAAGAUUUAACAUGGUUGGGAGGCCCAUCUCACCAGUGUUUGGCUCCUACAGUAAUCCCCAUACUAGAAAACAUAUAUCGCCAUAACUACACAGAUUUAAGUACAACACAACACAAUUCCAAUCAAAUGAUCCAAGAGCACCCAGGAAAUCCUAAUCCCGUAACUGAGCUACUAACUUCGAUACCGCCGAAAACAUCGCCAGUAUAGCGUUUACUGGGAUUCAAGAACAAUUGGAGGAAAUUAACGAGAGGAUCAUAGCCGACUCACACUGGAAAACACACGAAAAAAUAGGAUAGGUACGAUUCCGAUCCCGCUAUCUCCUCUCGAUUGGUCUUACCAAG